CCAGUCUUAUACUAAAUUCGUAAAAUUCCAGAAUCAAAACUUACGAUUCAAGAGUUUCGCGAACUCAAAGAACCCUCACCCAAAACAAAAUCCCCAAAUUCUCUCUCCAAAAUUUCAUGUCCAUCUUGCCCUCACACACCCAUCAAGGAUCAGCAUCAUCGUCUUCGUCUUCCUCAACUCAAUACCCUAAUUUUAAUCAUGGCUUCUCAGUCUCCAUUGAUCAACAAGUUUCUCUAUCCUCUCCGCCGACUCCACCUCUCGGUUCGCUUCGGAUCUCCGACCCUCAAUCUUCAGCUUCCCCUCCCAAUUCUGUUUCAGGCUCAAUGGCUGAAGCAGCAGAAAAUUUUAGUGGAUCUUCCAAAAAGGUGAUUGGAUAUGGGAGUUCAAAUGGUAAGAAGACAUUGCCUAAUCACAGCGUCAACAGUAGAGUUCAAUCUCAUUCUGUUGCCAAAGGAGGAGUUGGGUCUCCCCAAUUCAGUGGGGAAGUUCAUGGUUCUCCACCAAAUGGUAGAGCAAGUGGUUCUGCGCGGAGAAGGUAUCAAACAGUAAGCGGCAAUCACUUACUGAAUUUUCAAUAUAAUCCAAUCUCUCGUUCUCAACCAAGGGGCCCUCCACUGAAAAAGCCUCAGAAGACUAAGCCUUACAACAAGGACCUUUUCCUUCAGGCUAACUACAAAUUCAUUGUAUUGGAUUCUGGGAGCUAUACUAUUGAAUCUAUGGAUCCUGAUAAAACGUUACAGUGGGAGGAUAUAAUAUGUUUGAGAUACUCGACUCCACACCCUAUUCAAUGUCCAAUUUGUUUGGACACCCCUCUCUGUCCACAGAUCACGUCUUGUGGACAUAUAUUCUGUUUCCCGUGUAUUUUGCAGUACUUGCUUAUGGGUGAGGAGAAUCAUAAAGCAGAAAGCUGGAGAAAGUGCCCGCUCUGUUUUAUGAUGAUAUCCUCAAGGGAUUUGUAUACUGUCCAUAUUGAAAAUGUUAGGGGGCAAAAUAUUGGUGAUGUGCUGGAAUUUAUGCUAUUAGCUAGGAAAAAGGACUCUUUUUCUCUACAUGAGAAGCUCGAGGGAGGGACAAGUACUAAGUCCUGCGACUCCUUUUCAAAGUUCAUACUUACAUUGGAUGUGGAUCUCUCUGUUAGAGAAGCGAUAUCAGCAUUGGAUAAUUGGAUAGCACGAGCUGAUUCUGGGCUUGUUGAUGACUUGGAGAAGGUUCCAUAUGUUUGUGCUGCUAUGGAACAGUUGAAGCAAAGAAAAAAAUAUUGGAAUGCUCGUCGAAAUGUUGGAGGUCACAAAUCGUCUGAAAACAUUGACCAUGGAACUGUUAAUCAUGAGUAUAUUAAUUGCAUAGAUAAUGAACUUGAACAUGGAUCUUUGUCUCCUGCCAUUCAUGACACAAACAAGAGGACGGACAAUCUAACGGAAAAUGUAGUCCAUGGCGGUGUUUGUUUAGUUCAGUCUCCUGACACUGAUGAAUCACUGGAAGGACCAGAUGUGUCUGUGUCCUCCUCAUAUGAGGAAAGCAAGACCUUACUGACUUCAGUUGAUUCCUCUGGAGAUACCAAGGAGAGGGAAGCCUACAAUUUUUACCAGGCAAUCGAUGGUCAGCCUAUCAUCCUUCAUCCACUUAACAUGAAGUGUCUUUUGCAUCAUUAUGGUAGCUAUGAUCUGCUUCCUGCAAGAGUGAGUGGCAAAAUAUUGCAAUUGGAGUCUGUGACGCAGUCUGAGGCCAUAAGGAGGCGCUACCGUUACCUGAGCCAUUUUCCUUUGACAACCACAUUUCAGCUAUGCGAAAUUGACUUAAAAGAGAUCGUGCCUGCUGAAGCCUUGGCUCCUUUCAGGGAUGAAUUAAAGAAACGUGAAAAGCAGAGAAUUCAGUUUGCCAAAAAGGAACAUGAGGAAAAAAUCAAGGCUGAAGCUGUUGCUGCAUAUUCCCUACCUGUUCCAUACAACAAUAUGGAAAGCACUUUCUCGAUGGAUGACUUUGAAGUUCUUGGAAGUCCUAUAACAACAGUGGCAUCAAGCCCUUCAGUCCAAGGACGUCUACUAUUCUCAAAUGUUGCGAGGAUGGGUUUUGCAGCAGCAUGUGAUUCCCCUUCAUUGAAUAUUCAGGAAACUGCUACUGUGGCUGAUAUCGGAAGAACAAGUUCUUCCAAUGGGCCUAAUGGAUCAACAAAUCAAGGUGUACGGUCUGUACACUCGUUUGCAAAUGUAACUUCCCGAGGGACACCAUCAGAGACACGCAAGACCAAUGAAGCUGGGAAGAAGGGAAAGAAACCAAGUCGUGUACUCCUGUCUACUGCUGGUGGUCGUCGCUACUAGGAAUUUGCAUUUUCCUCGUCUGCUUGUUAUUCUGUGUGUGUUAUGGAUGACUAAGCUCUAGUUUAGUGAUGGGUAUAAGUAGAGGCAAUAAAAUAUUGGUUAGGGUUCGUAUGCAUAAAUGCCUGCUUUAUAGAUAGUGUAUGAUAUGUACUUAUUAUCAAUGAGUGUAUAAGGUGAUAAAUUUAGACAUUGUAAUAUACUGCAAGACUUGUGAGUUGUGAUUAUCUGUUCCUAUGAUAUUUGUCAGCAUGACAUGGAUCUCCGUUUUCCACAGAAAUGAUUUUUUUGAUGUAAA